UGAUACGUAGAACGCGUUGGAGACGGUCAAAGGAUGAAAAAUAUGUAUUUUAACCCAGUUUAUUAUUGUAAGAGAAUUAAAAUAAAAUGGAAGUAAUGUAAAACGACGUGUGUUAACUUGACAAGGAUGCCAGUAGAUAUAAACAGAUUGACUGAAGGGUGGCUGGAACUGGAAAGUGACCCCGGAUUGUUUACACUACUUUUGGAAGACUUUGGAGUAAAAGGAGUACAAGUUGAGGAGAUUUAUGAUUUGCAGAAGUCGCUCGAAGGCCCUGUAUAUGGUUUUAUAUUUUUGUUUCGAUGGAUUGAAGAACGUCGUUCACGGAGAAAAAUUGUUGAUGAGAUAGACAGCUUUGUCAAGGAUGAAGAAGUUGUCAACAACAUAUUCUUUGCACAACAGAUGGUGCCCAACAGCUGUGCGACACACGCCCUCCUGUCGGUGCUGCUCAAUUGCCCCGACAUCCACCUGGGCGCCACACUGAGCCGUCUCAAGGCGCACACCUCAGGAAUGUGCCCCGAGAACAAGGGUUGGGCCAUCGGCAACACUCCAGAGCUGGCCAAGGCACACAACUCGCACGCGAUGCCGCAGGCCAAGAGGCGCCUCGACAAGUCGUCGUCGUCCGGUGGGGUCAGCACGGGUCGCUACACUGGCGAAGCCUUCCACUUCGUCAGCUAUGUCCCCAUCCACGGCAAGCUGUUCGAGCUGGACGGCCUCAAGCCAUUCCCUAUGGACCACGGCCCGUGGGGAGAAAAGGAAGACUGGACAGAGAAAUUCCGACGUGUGAUCACGGACAGGCUGGGCAUCACGGCAGGAGAACCGUACCACGACAUCCGCUUCAACCUGAUGGCGGUCGUCCCUGACCGGAGGAUUGCACUCACCCGCAAGAUCAAGAUGCUCAAGACCAACAGGCAAAUUGUGCUGGAAGCCUUGCAGCAGCUGGUGAAGCUGACACAGUCCGAGCAGCACCGACACCGGCAGCAGCGGGAGGAGGGAGGAGAGGAGGAGCCGUCGGCGUCGGCAGCCGCGGAGGACGGGGACCGCGACGACACGCCGGGUGGCGACGGAACCGACGGUGACGCGGAGGCAGAUGGACUGUCGCCGGCACGCGACAGUGAGCAGUCCGGAGGCACCGACUGCAGCUCCCUGGAGGCUCCGGAGGGCGGCCUGGAGAAGGCCUCCGCCUCCCCCCAGCAGCGGCGGCAGCAGCGCCAGCAGCAGCUGUGCCCACUCGACUACUCGACGCCACUCACCAUCCAGAUCUCACCAGCACCCAGCAGCUCCAGCACCGACACCUCGUCCGAGGUUGGCUCUGCCUUCAACUCUCCCACACAAGUAUGCAACCUAGCGUAUAGUCCUCGAUUUAACAGAACAGGGUGGAGCUGGAACUCCGGGCAGAACAGCCCGACAUCUGCAAAGGACUUCAAGAAGUUCGUCGUCAUACGUGUGGGCGGGCCCAGCUCCGGAUCAUCCGAAGAGAAGAUGGACUCUCCCACAGGUAGCCGCGUCUCGCUGGUAGGUCCCGGUACAAAGCGACCUUCGGGCGGUGGUGAUGCUGCGGUGCCGCCCGGCAAGAAGCUCUGCCCUGAAACUCCCGCUUCCUCGACCACCUCGCCCUCGUCUGCGUCGUCGACGCCUGCAGCUUCGCCCUCCCCUGGCCACUUCCCGGCUGGGUGCGGAGAGGUGCAGUCUGGGCCGGCUGACGGCGCGUCAGUAGGGAGCGCUUCUGCAAUUGCCGCUACUGCUGUGGAGCACGAGAAAAAGGUGGAUUUGAAGAUGUGCAGCAAAUAUCCGGAGCUCUUUGAACCACAUAAAUUUGCACCGAAGGAUCUUCUCGCAUUACUUAAGAACUUGGAAAAUGAAAUUGGAGUGUGUGAGCUAAGUCUUCAAGAGGAAAAUGAUAAACGCAACAAGUACAAGUCUGUCUGUGGCAGGUGGACGACUGCCGGCGGACGCACAACUACGACGAGUUCAUCUGCACGUUCCUGUCAAUGCUGGCACAGCAGGGGCAGCUGGCGGACCUUGUACUCCAGCACCAGGUGCAGCAGCACAAGAAGUCGCCGGCACCCGCCCGCACGCUCCAGAGGCCGCCCAAGAAGGUGGAGGCGACCACACCACCGACACCACCAGCUGCACGGCCAUCGCCAACUCGCCGCCGACGGGGGCGCGCCAAGUACCGCCGGCGCAAGUGAGUGGCGGGUGGCGGCAGGAUCGGGCUCGCACCUGGAGGCAGCGAGUGGGCGACCCGCAGCUCAUCAGAGUCACUACUCCGGUGCUGAUGCUCUACUCGAGAGGCGUUCCGUGGGAGUGUUCUGCGGGACGCCUCCUACGUGACCGCCCACAUUGUCGUGCCUGUCUGUCGACUCUGCCUCGUGCAAUUCGAUAAAUCUGUAUAGGCACAUAAUGUAAAAUUAAGUUUGUUGUUUUGUGUCAUUUGUAUCAAUUUUCUUGAUGUACGGCUGACCUUAAUGCUUUAUUUUGUACUAGUUUACUUUAAAUUUGUGGAAGACUGUGUAUUUAUUUGAGCAUCUAUAAGUGGUCUGUAGUUAAUUUCUGUGAGAAUGCACCAGUUGGUGACAGUUUGCAGUAGCGUGUAUCUUAUAUGAUUAUCGAAUUCUCACAUUUCCAAAAUGUGCCCCUUUAAUGAUAUAUACUUUUGUUGUAAGUGACAGAAUAUGGGGAAGAGCGACUGAAGUGAAAUAAAGGAGGGGGAAGGGAGGCAAUAUUUGCAGGCAUACUCGAGCAUUUGGCAUCACUAACUGCAUUGAUAUCAGUCAUUAACUAUCGUUGCCAGAGUGUACUGGUGGUUUGGGUUUUGUCAGUGACUUCAUUAGUUUUUUAAAAGUUGAGAUCUCAUUUUUGAGUAACUAACAGUUUUGUGUGGCGUCUCUGUGCAGUCCUGCAUUCCAGCUUCACAUAUCAAUUUAGCUACCCUAUUUAGUCCACUGUGAAAUUAUUGUUGCCACAGAAUUGACAGUUAUUUGUGAACUUGGAACAACCAGAAAUGGAAUGCCAGAUGUCUGGCCAAUCCUCCCCCCCCCC